AUGUUUGGCAAACGUACCCUUUUUCUCCUGCCCUUGGUAGCGACACUCAUCUCUGCCGUGCCUGUGCAAAUACAGGCCAACACCGCUUUCAUAACAGCCCGCAGCAGCACAAUGAGUGCCGAAGUCAUGCCACAGGACAAGACCGCCACUCCGGCCACGGGCACCACUGCAACGGCCCCGGGCACGGCGCCCGUCCCCGUUGCGGGUCAGACGCCCGCUGUCCCCGCCACCAAUGGGGCUUCUACCACAACCGUCACGACGGGGGCCGUGCCGGGAGCAGGGACAAACACGACGACGCCUAGCACUAACACGUCUACUAAUCCCGCAACGACAGGAUCAGGCCCGGCUACCAAACCACCAUCAAUUAUUGGUGGCAAGGGUGAACAGAUCAAGGCCAAUAUCAACGAUGGUGUUAAGACUAUGACUGACAAGAUUAAGGAGAAGUUCAACGAUUUUAUGUCGUUGGUGGGUGGUCUAUUUUCUUCAAGCUCAGCAUCAACUCUAGCCACCCCGGCCGCUCCAGCAGCCCCGUCGACUUCCACCAACCCAUCAACUCCCGCAACCCCGGCAACCCCGGCAACUCCUGCGACAUCAUCUACUUCCGCAAGUCCUGUGACUGCUGGAGCUUCAACUUCUCCGUAUUAG